GGAUAGGUGAAGUGGAGGUGGAGGUGAAAGUUGAAAGAUAAUCAAAAUAUUGAUCAAAAUUAUUGAGUGUAGUUGAUUUAUACCAAGAGGACUUUUAGAAGUCAGAAGAAUGGCUGAAGUAAACAAACCAGGGGCCCAACCCCUGGUUAAAAUUGGCCAUUACAUUUUGGGGGCAACUUUGGGUGUUGGAACUUUUGGAAAGGUAAAAGUUGGUGAACAUCAGCUGACUAAGCACAAGGUGGCUGUAAAAAUCCUCAACAGGCAAAAAAUCAAAAGCUUAGAUGUUGUUGGAAAGAUCAGAAGGGAAAUUCAGAAUCUAAAAUUAUUCAGACACCCUCACAUAAUCAAGCUGUACCAAGUCAUAAGUACUCCAACUGAUAUUUUCAUGAUUAUGGAAUAUGUGUCUGGAGGGGAACUUUUUGACUACAUAGUUAAACAUGGAAAACUAGAAGAACAUGAUGCAAGAAGAUUUUUUCAACAGAUCAUAUCAGGUGUAGACUAUUGCCAUAGACACAUGAUUGUACAUAGGGAUUUGAAACCUGAGAAUCUGUUGCUUGACCAUAAUAUGCAUGUCAAAAUAGCUGACUUUGGUUUAUCAAACAUGAUGAUGGAUGGUGAAUUCCUGAGAACUAGUUGUGGAUCCCCAAAUUAUGCUGCACCAGAGGUUAUAUCUGGAAAACUUUAUGCAGGUCCUGAAGUUGAUAUCUGGUCUUGUGGAGUCAUACUUUAUGCACUUCUCUGUGGUACUCUGCCUUUUGAUGAUGAACAUGUACCCACUCUGUUCCGUAAAAUAAAAUCUGGAAUAUUCCCUAUCCCAGAUUACCUGAAAAAGCCUGUGAUUAGCUUAUUGUGCCAAAUGUUACAAAUUGACCCUAUGAAGAGAGCUAGCAUUGAGGAUAUAAAAAAACAUGAGUGGUUCAUCAAAGAUUGUCCUGCAUAUCUAUUUCCUUCUCCUGUGGAUCAAGAUUCUUCAGUUAUAGACACUGAUGCUGUAAAAGAAGUUUGUGACAAAUUUGGUGUUCAAGAAUCUGAAGUCCAUAGUGCUCUUUUGAGUGGUGACCCCCAUGAUCAACUAGCCAUAGCUUACCAUUUGAUAAUUGAUAACAAAAGAAUUGCUGAUGAAGCAGCAAAAGCAGAACUCAAAGAUUUCUAUGUAGCUAGCAGCCCUCCACCAGUCAGCAUGAUGCCACCUCCUAGUGAAUUUACCAACAGUCCUUUGAAGCCUCAUCCUGAGAGAAUUGUGCCUCAAAGGCCUUGGCCUCCUACUACUACUGCAGCUAUGGGCGAAAAAGGAAGAGUCAAGAGAGCAAAGUGGCACUUAGGUAUACGUUCACAGAGUAAACCCAAUGACAUCAUGAUGGAGGUAUACCGUGCAAUGAAAGCUUUGGACUAUGAAUGGAAGGUUAUCAAUCCUUACCAUGUGAGGGUCAGACACAGAAAUGAAAUGCAUGAACGAUAUAUUAUGAUGUCACUUCAAUUGUAUCAAGUGGAUUAUAAGAGUUACCUCUUGGACUUCAAGAGUCUGAGCAAUGAAGACAAUGAGUCAAAUAUUGGUCAUAUUCUCAUUGAUGCUAUACCGACGCCAAUCCAGCAUAGUGGAUCAACAAAUUCAAAACUGACAGGUCAUCACACCAUGGAGUUUUUUGAAAUGUGUGCAGCUCUUAUCAUCCAACUGGCACGUUGAAAGCUGCUUAGAAAUCUUGAUAGGUGAAUACUAGUGGGUUUUUGAAGUGUUGUCAAUAAUGUUUGACCAAGCUUAACGUGGCUUAACUCUUAUGUAGUACUUUGAAGUUUCAUUAAGAAUAAGGAUCCUUAUUAGUCCAAUAUGAAAGUUUUGAAACAAAAUAAUAAUGUUCAUCACCCCAAAAAAUAUUUUUUUAGGAAUGAAUAAUAC